GGUUGGGCAGGAGGCGGGGACUUGGACAGGACAGCUUUGUUGCAAAUUUGAUCUCUCCGCGCGCGGGAAAAAAAGGGGGUUGGGGGGAGAGAAAAAGCGACCCGCCAACUGUCGAGUCAAAAUACACGGAACGUUCCAUCCGCGUCUGGUGGGCGCGUGGCGAGCCUGGCUUUUUCCGAACGCACCGUCCACCACCCGGCCGGCCCUUCGACCUCUGCUCGGUGCCCCGCCUGGACCUCGCUGGCUCAUUCCUCCUGCCUUCUUUUCUCUCCCCUGACCUCUUGGGGUCUCGAAGGCAAGCUGGGACGCAUCGUUGCCGGCUUCUCCUUCCAUGGAGAACUUCCAGAAAGUGGAGAAGAUCGGGGAGGGGACAUACGGCGUGGUCUAUAAAGCGAAGAACAAAGUCACCGGCGAGGUGGUGGCGCUGAAGAAAAUCCGCCUGGAUACGGAGACGGAAGGUGUUCCAAGCACAGCUAUCCGGGAGAUCUCUCUGCUCAAGGAACUUAACCACCCCAACAUCGUCAAGUUGCUGGAUGUGAUCCACACGGAGAACAAACUGUACUUGGUCUUUGAAUUUCUGAAUCAGGACCUCAAGAAGUUCAUGGAUUCUUCGACUUCUAUCAGUGGUGUAGAGUUGCCCCUUAUCAAGAGCUACCUGUUCCAGCUUCUGCAAGGUCUUGCCUUCUGCCACUCACAUCGUGUGCUCCACCGUGACCUCAAACCACAGAACCUGCUGAUCAAUGCUGAGGGAGCAAUAAAACUGGCUGACUUUGGGCUUGCCCGAGCAUUUGGCGUGCCAGUGCGAACCUAUACCCAUGAGGUGGUGACCCUCUGGUAUCGGGCUCCAGAAAUUCUACUUGGUUGCAAAUAUUACUCAACAGCUGUAGACAUCUGGAGUCUGGGUUGCAUCUUUGCAGAAAUGAUCACCCGUAGAGCUCUUUUCCCAGGGGACUCAGAAAUUGACCAGCUGUUCCGCAUCUUCCGCACAUUGGGCACUCCGGAUGAGACUGUGUGGCCUGGUGUCACAUCCAUGCCUGACUAUAAACCCAGCUUCCCCAAGUGGGCUCGGCAGGAUUUCAGUAAGGUGGUACCACCCCUGGAUGAGGAGGGCAGGAAACUUCUGGCGCAAAUGUUGCAUUAUGACCCCAAUAAAAGGAUCUCUGCAAAGACUGCACUCAACCAUCCCUUCUUCCGUGAUGUUACCAAAGCUGUGCCGCAUCUUCGCUUGUGAGACAGGAUCAUGGCGUGCUGUGGAUUCUGCAAUGUGCCCCUUUUUUGGACCACACCAGUUGCUUGCACUUAACUUCCCAGCUAAGAGCUGCAUGGAGUACUGGAGGUCGAGUUUGCCAUAGCCUUUGCCUUUUUGGAGUUUUACACCCGGAUUCUCUUAAGGUACUGAGGUUGGUGAUCCAAACUCACUUUGCAUGAGGAGAGAUGAGACUCCAGAUCCAUCAACUGCAGAAACUCAAAUUGAAGGGAUAUCUUUUUUUAUUCAGCUUUUUAAAAAUUCCCAGUGAAUUUUGUUCCUCUUUUUUGUUACAGUGUCUACUGCACUGAGCAUAUCACAAUGCACCUCUUUUGCUGCUGCUUCGUCAACAGGAUGGCCCAGAGCUGAGCCUCUAGUGGCAGUCAGCACACUUCAACUUGUGUGCAAGGUUGAACUUACCUUUGUUCCAGCAAGCAACUUUCUGAUUCAGACAAAAUUAGCAUUAGGUUUUAAAUAUAGGAUUGGAGUCUGGUUAGUAGAGUACUACCUUCCCGGUGCUAGCAAAAUUUUCCCUUCCAUGUGAUGUUUUCAGUGAAAUUUAGGCACUUAACUGUUCACUGUUCAUGAAUAGGAAGGAAUUUUACUCUAGGGCUAAGGGCCUUUUUGCAACAUUCAUUUUGCACCAACAAUGGGUUAGCUCAGCAGUUUUUUCCUGAUGGUAGUUUAUGAUGGUCACUGGCUGAGGCACAGAAGAAAGCUUCAGAAAAAUAGCUUGACUGCCAAAUUCAUCCUCUUGCAAUUAUCAGCUGGCUUUAUAACCCAGUCAGCUAAAAGCUGCUUCAUAAAAUUCUUUUUGACAGAUGCACCAAAUACUUAAAAGGAAAUUGCCACAAUGUUUACUAGGGAGAAAAGGAGACAGACAUAUCCUACUAGUAUUCUGUCCACUUCUAAGAACUUACUGACCAGUGUCUGGUGCUUGCAUUUAACAAUGAGUUGGCAGAUCUUUCCUUAUGCUUCUGGUCAUAUUAAGACUGGAUGGAGCAAUAUUGCCAUAAAUCUGACUGCCAUGUUUCUCCAUUUCAUACUUGUUACGAAUCUGUCUUUUCACAGUUGAUCAUCUCAUUCAUUUUUCUGAAAUACGUUUUCUGUAAAUAACCAGCCUCCUGGCCAGGGGAAGCCUGCACAGUUGUUCUAGCUUCAAGCAAAAUAUUGUUCAAAUGUAGACUCUUUUAAAAAAAGAAAAUUGUUUUUGCAUUUGAAAUUAAGGUUUGUGAAGAUAAAGGCAUAACAUUUCAAACUGCUUCUUUCUCUCUCUCUGCUAGGUGAGAGAGAUCUAAUUAGCAGUUGCCAGAAUAAUACAAUUAUCUAUUUUCAGCUAGGAAGUUUGCAUUGUAAACACAAGGGUCUAACUCUUUAAGAGCUGAAAUGUCAAAAUCUCUUUCACUGCACCCCUUUGUAUCUGGAGGACAUUUGAACUCUUCUGGUUAUUGAAUUAAAAUGCAAUGCAGAAUGUAAAUUGACUUGCAAUCCAACAUUCAGUUAUAGUAGAAAGGCUAAAUCCUGAAGCAGGAAAUUAUGAUUGAUCUGUGACAAAUUCUGUAGAAUCUAAACAAAACUGCAGACCUUCUCAGUAAAUACUGCAAUGUAUGUACAAUUUAAGGCCAUUGUAAAGUGAGGAACAGAUUGUAUUUUAUUUUAAAGGAUGAUUUUGGCAUAUUUUGCAAAAAGAUUCUCUCCAUGUGUUAAGAGGGUGCAGUCUGGGUAUCCCUAUUCAAUUCAGUGAGGAUCGGGAACUGGGCUGUUUUUUACCCCCUUAUUAAUACGUAGUGUUUAUUCUUGGGUGAAGUGUCCACUGUUUCUUGCAUGAAUAGAAACAUACUUGUAUUGAUCCUUCAUGUAUGUUUAAGAAUCCUUAUCUGUUUUCUCUAUGGACAAACGUGUCAGGGCAGAAUACAAAAAUGACUAAUAUGUAUAGGUUGUCUCUCAGUAACUUGGACGUUUCAGAUCCAGUAACAGUUUAAAAAUGCCAGCAUCAACCAGCAACAUAUAAUUACAAAGACUUUAAAAUCAGAAGGGGUUUUCUUAACCAUAUUAUCUACAUGCAAUAUUUGGACUCAUGAUUCCCACCCCACCCCCACACACAUACUUUUGUAUUGGAAGAAUUUCUAUAUUUAUAAGGCUUGUUAGUUUUAAAGCAGAUUUCUGGAUUUGUAUAAAACUUGUUAGUCUAAGCACCUUGAAGUUUUUUUAAAAUAAGAAAAACUAUAUUUUUGUCUUUUUCUUUGUGGUAACUCUCUUACAGAUAUUUCUAAAAUAUUGCAAAAUUAGUAUAUAAAUCAUUAAAAUAUUUUUUAGUUUUAA